AUGUCUCCACUCCGCCAAGCCAAAGAUUCGAGGAUUCGAGACAUUGAUGUUUGUCUGUGCGUAUUUUUGCUUUUAUUUUGGGAUUCCCGACUACGGCACUCGCCCGGGUUUUGUUCCGACCGCGCGUUCUCACACGGCAGCGCGUCAUGCUGGAUAAAAGGCCCCUCUACAUACUACAUCAUCCAUCACACACACAGCGAAUUCUUUCCCAUCGCAGCCACCGCUCACAUUACACUGGGGCUAUUCACUCCACUGGCAUGCACGUCAUCAACUUCUUCAAUUUUCCGUCCUCCGGCGCUUCUUCGAAUGCGGACCUUGUUCUUCUGUGCUGGUGUGGUGCUCUUGUGCGAUGCUGAGGAUUUUGAACAGUGACGGAAGAACGUCUUUUAGCGCCUCUUUGAUGUCUUGAUCGAUGGCGGUAAGUGUUUCACGAUGGCUUUCGCGGUUUUUUUGGAUGCUCUCCAAGUCCAUGCUUGCCUUCCGGUAUCCCUCCUCUAAUUCUUUCUUCUCCUUCUCUAAUUCAAUCAAUCGAUGGUUGGCUGCAUCCUUGUUCUUUCUUGCGACUUCCAACUGUGCUUGAAGAGCAGCACUCUCAGCCUCAUGAUAGCUUUUUUCAGCAUAAAACUCUUCGAUGAAGGUGGAAAUCUCUUCUAAUGAACUACUCGAGUCGAAUGGUUGAUUUUGAGCUCUGGACGGUGGCUUGGGCGCUGGUGUUGUCGCUGGCGUUGAUGAACUAAUCUCGAUCUCUUGAGGAUUAGGGGUAGGAUCUUGGGAUGUCGUCUCGCACGAACCCAGUUCUCUCUUUACCCUGUUUGGAACAACGAGUUCAGAUGCUGCCGAUUCAAGGGGCGACGCAUCGACUAGGUCGUAGCCAAGCUCAGAAACUGAUUCUAGUUGCUC